AUGGAGGCGCCGGCGGGCGAGCCCCCGGCGCGGGGCUGCGUUCCCCCGCCCGCGCCGGUCUUGGAGAGGAAGAAGAGCCACCGCGCGCCGUCGCCGGCCCGGCCCAAGGACGUGGCCGGCUGGUCGUUAGCCAAGGGCCGCCGCGGCCCAGGCCCGGGCGCCGCUGCAGCCUGUAGCGCCGCGUCCUCAGCUCGGCCAGACAAGAAGGGGCGCGCAGUGGCGCCAGGGGCACGAGGCGCGGGGACGCGUGUGGCCGGGGUUCGCACCGGAGUCCGAGCCAAGGGCCGCCCGCGCCCGGGUGCCGGGCAGCGACCUCCGCCUCCGCCGCCCAGCCUCACCGACAGCAGCUCCGAGGUGUCCGACUGCGCGUCGGAGGAGGCGCGCCUGCUGGGCCUGGAGCUGGCCCUGAGCAGCGACGCCGAGUCGGCGGCCGGGGGGCCGGCGGGGGCCCGCACCGGUCAGCAGCCUCAGCCCGCCCCGUCCGCGCACCAGCCUCCUCGGCCGCCCGCUUCCCCCGAUGAGCCAUCGAUGGCCGCGUCGUCGGUGGGCAGCAGCCGUUUGCCUCUCAGUGCCUCGCUCGCCUUCUCUGACCUCACSGAGGAGAUGCUGGACUGCGGGCCCGGCGGCUUCGUGCGCGAGCUGGAGGAGCUGCGCUCCGAGAACGACUAUCUCAAGGAUGAGAUUGAGGAGCUGCGGGCGGAGAUGCUGGAGAUGCGGGACGUCUACAUGGAGGAAGAUGUGUACCAGCUGCAGGAGCUGCGGCAGCAGCUGGACCAGGCCAGCAAGACCUGCCGCAUCCUGCAGUACAGGCUGCGCAAAGCUGAGCGCCGCAGCCUUCGUGCCGCCCAGACUGGCCAGGUGGACGGGGAGCUCAUCCGAGGCCUGGAGCAGGAUGUCAAGGUCUCUAAGGACAUCUCCAUGCGGCUGCACAAGGAGCUCGAGGUGGUGGAGAAGAAGCGAGCACGGCUGGAGGAGGAGAACGAGGAGCUCCGGCAGCGGCUCAUCGAGACCGAGCUGGCCAAGCAGGUGCUGCAGACGGAGCUGGAGCGACCCAGAGAGCAUUCCUUGAAGAAAAGAGGAACCCGCUCCCUGGGGAAGACAGACAAGAAGCCUUCGGCUCAGGAGGACAGCGCAGAUCUGAAGUGUCAGCUGCACUUUGCGAAGGAAGAGUCGGCCCUCAUGUGCAAGAAGCUCACCAAGCUCGCCAAGGAGAACGACAGCAUGAAGGAGGAGCUGCUCAAGUACCGCUCCCUCUAUGGGGACCUGGACGCUGCCCUGUCGGCUGAGGAGCUGGCGGAUGCUCCGCACUCGCGGGAGACCGAGUUGAAGGUGCACCUGAAACUGGUGGAGGAGGAGGCCAACCUGCUGAGUCGCCGCAUCGUGGAGCUGGAGGUGGAGAACCGGGGCCUGCGGGCCGAGAUGGACGACAUGAAGGAUCACAGUGGCGGCUGCGGGGGGCCGGAGGCUCGGCUGGCCUUCUCUGCCCUGGGCGGCAGCGAGUGCGGGGAGAGCCUGGCAGAGCUGCGGCGACAUCUGCAGUUUGUGGAGGAGGAGGCGGAACUGUUGCGGCGCUCCUCGGCAGAGCUCGAGGACCAGAACAAGCUGCUGCUGAGCGAGCUGGCCAAGUACCGCUCGGAGCACGAGCUGGACGUGACGCUGUCGGAGGACAGCUGCUCGGUGCUGAGCGAGCCCUCGCAGGAGGAGCUGGCGGCCGCCAAGCUGCAGAUCGGCGAGCUCAGCGGCAAGGUCAAGAAGCUGCAGUAUGAGAACCGCGUGCUCCUUUCCAACCUCCAGCGCUGCGAUCUCGCCUCCUGCCAGAGCACGCGGCCCAUGCUGGAGACGGACGCCGAGGCGGGGGACUCUGCGCAGUGUGUGCCCGCUCCCCUGGGCGAGGCGCACGAGCCCCAAGCAGCCCGACUCUGCAGAGCCCGGGAGGCCGAGGCGCUGCCUGGGCUGAGGGAGCAGGCGGUCCUGGUCAGUAAAGCCAUCGACGUCCUGGUGGCCGAUGCCAAUGGCUUCUCUGCGGGCCUUCGGCUCUGUCUGGACAACGAAUGUGCUGACUUCAGGUUGCACGAGGCCCCGGAUAACAGCGAGGGCCCCAGGGACGCCAAGCUCAUGCACGCCAUCCUGGUGCGGCUGAGCGUGCUGCAGCAGGAGCUCAACGCCUUCACGCGGAAGGCAGACGCCGUCCUCGGGGGCYCUGGCAAGGAGCAGCCAGAGCCCUUCUCUCCGCUGCCCACCCUGGGCUCCCAGGGACCCUCCAAGGAGAUCAUUCUGGCCAAAGACCUUGCCUCGGACUUUCAGCCGUCUGACUUCAGGGAUCUGCCAGAAUGGGAGCCCAGGAUCCGAGAGGCCUUCCGCACGGGUGACCUGGACUCCAAACCUGAUCCCAGGAGCUUCAGGCCUUAUCGAGCUGAAGACAAUGAUUCCUAUGCCUCUGAGAUCAAGGAGCUGCAGCUGGUGCUGGCCGAGGCCCAUGACAGCCUCCGGGGCUUGCAGGAGCAGCUCUCCCAGGAGCGGCAGCUACGGAAGGAGGAGGCUGACAGCUUCAACCAGAAAAUGGUCCAGCUGAAGGAGGACCAGCAGAGGGCGCUGCUGAGGCGGGAGUUUGAACUGCAGAGUCUGAGCCUCCAGAGGCGGCUGGAGCAGAAAUUCUGGAGCCAGGAGAAAAACAUGCUGGUGCAAGAGUCCCAGCAGUUCAAGCACAACUUCCUGCUGCUCUUCAUGAAGCUCCGGUGGUUCCUGAAGCGCUGGCGGCAGGGCAAGGUCUUGCCCCACGAGGGGGAUGACUUCUUGGAGGUGAACAGCAUGAAGGAGCUGUACCUGCUGGUGGAGGAGGAGGAGAUCAGCGCCCAGCAUUCUGAUAACAAGGCCUGCGCAGGAGACGGCUGGACCCAGAACACGCCCAACGAGUACAUCAAGACCCUGGCCGACAUGAAGGUGACGCUGAAGGAGCUGUGCUGGCUGCUCCGCGAUGAGCGCCGGGGUCUCACCGAGCUUCAGCAGCAGUUCGCCAAGGCCAAGGCCACCUGGGAGACAGAGCGGGCGGAGCUCAAGGGCCACGCCACCCAGAUGGAGCUGAAGGCCGGGAAGGGGCCCGGGGAGCGGGCAGGGCCUGAGUGGAAGGCGGCCCUGCAGAGGGAGCGAGAGGAGCAGCAGCACCUCCUGGCCGAGUCCUACAGCGCAGUCAUGGAGCUCACACGGCAGCUGCAAAUCAGCGAGCGCAACUGGAGCCAGGAGAAGCUGCAGCUGGUGGAGCGGCUGCAGGGGGAGAAGCAGCAGGUGGAGCAGCAGGUGAAGGAGCUGCAGAACCGCCUGAGCCAGCUGCAGAAGGCUGCCGACCCCUGGGUCCUGAAGCACUCAGACCUCGAGAAGCAGGACAACAGCUGGAAAGAGACGCGCAGUGAGAAGAUCCACGACAAGGAGACGGUUUCCGAAGCUGAGCUGGGGGGAACCGGCUUAAAGAGGACCAAAUCUGUUUCCUCCAUGUCUGAGUUUGAAAGUUUGCUUGACUGUUCCCCCUACCUUGCUGGUGGAGAUGCCCGAGGCAAGAAACUGCCCAACAACCCUGCCUUUACCUUUGUGAGUACUGAGACGGUGGAUCCAGAGAAAGAUACCAAGGAAAAGGCAGGGCUCACGCCUCAGGACUCCAACCGCCUGGGUGCGCUGGGCUGCCAGGACCCUGCAGGGAGACACAUGCAGCGCAGCUACACGGCUCCAGACAAGACAGGCAUCCGAGUCUACUACAGUCCCCCAGUGGCCCGGCGCCUGGGUGUCCCUGUGGUCCAUGACAAGGAGGGCAAAAUCCUCAUUGAGCCCGGCUUCCUCUUCACCACAGCCAAGCCCAAAGAAUCAGCGGAGGCCGACGGGCUGGCCGAGAGCUCCUACAGCCGGUGGCUGUGCAACUUCUCGCGGCAGCGCCUGGAUGGGGGCUCAGCAGGCAGCGCCUCGGCAGCCGGGCCCGCCUUCCCCGCGGCCCUGCAUGACUUUGAGAUGUCGGGCAACAUGAGCGAUGACAUGAAGGAGAUCACCAACUGCGUGCGACAGGCCAUGCGCUCGGGCUCGCUGGAGAGGAAAGUGAAAAGCACAUCCAGCCAGACGGUGGGCCUGGCCAGCGUGGGCACACAGACGAUCCGCACGGUCAGCGUGGGCCUGCAGACUGACCCGCCCCGCAGCAGCCUGCACAGCAAGAGCUGGUCACCCCGCAGCUCGUCGCUGGUGUCCGUGCGCAGCAAGCAGAUCUCCUCCUCCCUGGACAAGGUCCACUCCCGCAUCGAGCGGCCCUGCUGCUCGCCCAAGUAUGGCUCGCCAAAGCUCCAGAGGCGCUCGGUGUCCAAGCUGGACAGCACCAAGGACCGCAGCCUCUGGAACCUGCACCAGGGCAAGCAGAAUGGCUCGGCCUGGGCUCGCUCCACCACCACGCGGGACAGCCCGGUGCUGAGGAACAUCAACGACGGGCUGUCCAGCCUCUUCAGUGUGGUGGAGCACUCAGGGAGCACGGAAUCUGUGUGGAAGCUGGGCAUGUCCGAGACCCGGGCCAAGCCCGAGCCUCCCAAGUACGGCAUCGUGCAGGAGUUCUUCCGCAACGUGUGUGGCCGCGCCCCGAGCCCCACGGCGGCCGCGGGAGAGGAAGGCGCCAAGAAGCCCGAGCCCCUCUCCCCGGCCAGUUACCAUCAGCCGGAGGGCGUGGCCAGGAUCCUGAGCAAGAAGGCCACCAAGUCAGGCAGCAGCGAGGAGGCCAGAGCCACCCUGCUUCCCCAGGUGGGGAAGGACGGUGUGCCCCGGGAGGGCGAUGGCACCUCGAUUCUUCCCAAUGAGGACGCUGUCUGUGACUGCAGUGCCCAGUCUCUUGCCUCCUGCUUUGCCAGGCCGUCCCGCUCUGCUAUCCGCCACUCUCCUUCCAAGUGCAGGCUGCAUCCCUCUGAGUCUGGCUGGGGCAUGGAGGAAAGGGUGGCCCCUGCCAGUGAGUGACAGAGCAGCCUGGCUCCCUGCCUCGACCAGCCCAGUUCCUGGGAGGUGGAGAGGAGGCAAGGGGCCAUGCCCUGGAGGGACAGCAGCUAUACCACUGCCAGAGAAGAGCUUUCACAUCAAGGUAAAGCGGGUCUCCUGCUGACCAGUGGGUGGUGAUCUCUGACUCCCAAGGGAAGGCACUGAGUGGGAGACAGACCAAAAUUGGGCCCAUUGGAACCAACCCCUGGGUCCUAAAGGAGACCCUUGCCUGGAUCCACCCAUACCCACUUCUCAGAAGAGCCCAGGAAGAGAUGCACCUCUGGUCAUGCUUCGUGGAAGGGGACUCACAGAGAUGUUCCCUGUUGACCACGUAACCCUUCACGGGGAGGAGACACCACCGAGAAAAUGGGCUCUGCUCUAGGGCCCACCUUGGGUUCCUGGCAGAGCUGGGCUAGCCACCAUCCCCUCCUCCUGGCCCUGCUGCUCUGGUUUGCUGGGAUUCUAGGGGGUAUGAUAGGGCCGUAACCAGGGCCAAGAAUAUGCUCAGAGUCCUGGAGCCUUGGAUCUCCUUGCUCAUACCUGGAGCAGUAAAAACUGGGAGACAGUGGGAAUGAGUAGGGCUCAGGUCAGGGAGCCAUUGGAAUUUCCUCCCUUGUCAAAGUGAUGGGGGCGGGGGGAACCUUUUGGGAGACUCCGUGAAGACAGAAAUAGGUAGAGUCAGUCUUAAGAACUGGUGCAUAAAAAAAAAACCUGCCUACAUGCCCAUGCCUUGACCUGGGGCCUCUUUCCCCAGCACCCUGGAGGAGACUGCACCUCCUCUGUGUUUACAUCCUGCAGCUGGUGGAGGGCAAAGAGACUCCCAACAGGAGACUCCCAAUUGGUCACAUCAGGCCAAGAAGAAUUCACA